AUGUUGUUUCGGAAGCGGAAGCAGGAGCAGCAGGAUGAGAAUCAAAUUCGGACCUUCGAGGACCUCACCCGUUUCCCGAUGACAUUCUACAAGACCAUUGGCGAGGAUCUGUAUUCGGAAAGGGAUCCGAAUCUAAUACGACGUUAUUUGCUGCGUUUCUAUCUCGUCCUGGGGUUCCUUAACUUCAAUGCCUAUGUGGUGGGUGAAAUUGCAUACUUUAUAGUGCACAUCACCUCGACGACGACCCUGCUGGAGGCCACAGCCGUUGCGCCAUGUAUUGGCUUCAGUUUCAUGGCGGAUUUCAAGCAAUUCGGUUUGACAGUGAAUCGGAAGCGAUUGGUGAAGCUACUCGAUGACCUCAAGGAGAUAUUUCCCAUGGAGACGGAGACGCAACGCAUCUACCAUGUGGCCUACUAUCACAAGCAUAUGAAUCGAGUGAUGACUCUAUUCACCAUCCUCUGCAUGACGUACACCUCGUCGUUUAGCUUCUAUCCGGCCAUAAAGUCCACCAUUAAGUACUAUUUGAUGGGAUCGGAGAUCUUUGAGCGGAACUAUGGCUUUCAUAUACAAUUUCCCUAUGAUGCGGAAACCGAUCUGACAGUUUAUUGGUUCUCCUACUGGGGUCUGGCCCAUUGUGCCUAUGUCGCUGGUGUUUCCUAUGUUUGUGUGGAUCUGCUGCUAAUCACAACCAUCACACAGCUGACAAUGCAUUUCAGUUAUUUGGCGGAUAACCUGGAGGCCUACGAUGGUGACGAGCACACCGAUGAGGAGAAUAUCAAAUAUCUGCAGGACUUGGUUGUGUAUCAUUCCAGGUGCUUGGACCUCAGCGAGGAGGUGAACAAUAUCUUUAGCUUUCUGAUUCUUUGGAACUUUAUUGCCGCUUCGUUGGUCAUUUGCUUCGCUGGCUUUCAGAUCACAGCCUCCAAUGUGGAGGACAUUGUGCUGUAUUUUAUAUUCUUUUCGGCCUCGCUGGUGCAAGUGUUUGUGGUGUGCUAUUACGGCGAUGAAAUGAUCUCAUCUAGCUCUCGUAUAGGCCAUGCUGCUUUCAAUCAGAACUGGUUGCCCUGCAGCAGCCAGUACAAGCGGAUCUUAAAGUACAUUAUAAUGCGAAGUCAAAAACCUGCCUCAAUCAGACCGCCCACUUUUCCACCAAUUUCCUUUAACACCUUUAUGAAGGUGAUUAGCAUGUCAUAUCAGUUUUUUGCUCUCCUACGAACCACCUACUAUGGUUAG